AUGUACCUGCUCGGGGCAGCAGGGAACUUGCUCAUCAUCCUGGCCAUUGGCUCAGACUCCCACCUCCACACGCCCAAGGACUUCUUCCUCAGCAACCUCUCCCUGGUAGAUUUCUGCUUCAUCUCUGCCACAGUCCCCAAGAUGCUGGUGAACAUCCAGACACAGACUCAGUCCAUUUCCUAUGGCUGCUGCCUAGCCCAGAUCUACUUCUGCCUUUUGCUUGCCAGCAUGGACAACUUCCUCCUGACGGCCAUGGCUUAUCACCUCUACACAGCGAUCUGCCAGCCCCUGCACUACCCCACGAUGAUGAGUCUGCCAGUCUGUGCCCUGAUGCUGGGGAGCUCCUGGCACCUCGCCAACUUCCAUUCCCUGCUACACACCCUCCUCAUGGCCCGGCUGGAGUUCUGUGCCAGCAACAUCAUCCCUUACUCCUUCUGUGACCUUGCUCCCCUGCUCCAGCUCUCCUGCCCCAACACCCAACUCAACCAACUCAUGAUUCUGCUGGAAGGGGGACCUGAGGUCCUCAUCCCCUUCCUUAGCAUUCUCGUCUCCUACAUCCACAUUGUGUCUGCUGUGCUACAGGUCCCAUCUGCCCAGGGCAAACCAAAGGCCUUUUCCACCUGUGGCUCCCACCUUGCUGUGGUCAUUCUCUUCUAUGGGACCAUCACAGGGGUCUACCUGAGUCCCUCAUCCUCCCACGCAGCUGACAAGGAUUCUCUGGCUUCAGUAAUGUAG